AUGGCACCUACCAAACCAUCCAAGGACGACACGCCAACCGACCUUGGCGGACCUUGGUGUGCGCCCGGCACCAAGGAGCAGGAGCGCGAAGUGACAACCCAAACAGCCAAGGUGAAAAGGACCACCACGAAGAAAAAUGGCAAGCACUUGCCGCGGAAGGAGCAAAGGCGCGACAUGGACGUUGAUAUCGACCAACUCCGUGCCAAGCCCCGCGUCAACUCGUCGAUGGCUAAACCCGCAGAAAGUCAAGAAAGACAGGCAAGAGAACAUAACUCAACCAGCAAGGCUGACAUUGAGGUUGUGAAGCCUGUCGUGACUCGGCCUCGACCAAAACAACACCGCCAAUCGCCCGUCCCAUCAAAACCGCCAGCACCACCGUUCUGUGCGGGACGCGAGCGCAAAAGCGACUACAAGUACCAAGAAGAGAGACAGAGCGCUUCUUCUUGCGUUAACGAAGCAUCGACGACCACAACAUCGCGCGCAACAACCAGCAAACGAAGUUCGAAGCGCAGCAACCAGAAAUACACGAUACCGAUACUACACCCGCGACUUCGAGUCCCCAAAUACACGCAACGCAACGCAACUAUGUCUUCAACAUUCACAUCCCUCCGUGGCCUAGCCACCCGCCUCUUCGCCGCCGGCGCUCGCCGCCCUUCCCCAUCAUCCCUCCUCACCAAGCCGGCGGCGCAACAACAGCAACAAACCGCUUGCUACGCCACCAAGGGCAAGUCCGGUCCGCCCGCCGGCAUGUUCUCCGGUCAAAAGGCCGGCUCCGCCAAGAAGAAGGGAGGGCCUAAGCAGGUCGACCCGCGCAUCAUCAACAUCCUGCGACACUUUGCCGUGCUGUCGCCCAAGCGCAUCCCGCCUCCUUUGAGGUUUGGCCGCAACAGAUAUCUGCGCCACUGGACGAUCCACCGCGGCUGGCUCCUGUUCCGUCGCCAGCUGCGCGAGCAGCGCGAGCGCAUUCUCAUGCAGCAGUACCAGAGCAUGAGCAACGCGUGCGAGGAGCUGCGCAACACCGAGGGCCCCGGAACGAGGGAGGUCGGAUACCUGUAUCGCGUGGCAAUGCUGAAGCAGGGCGUUUAUGGAUUGAAGUCGGUGCCGAUUGAGUAUGCUUCUAGGGCGUUGGUGGAGACGCCGGCUAGGCAGGCUUGGAACCAUGACUGGAAGCCGUAA